CUUCUUUCCUUCAAUUUUGCUGAAUGGCAGCGACUGCAGCACAAGUCAUUGCGAGCUACAACCUGCAGCCGCACACUGAGGGCGGAUUUCUUGCGCUCGUCAACCCCGUGGUGCCGACUGAAACGGUCGAGACUGGCCGGGCUGGCAAGGGUGGCAAGCGACUGCUGCACACCAUCAUCCACUUUAUGCUGUCCAAGGACGACCCGCGCUUGGUCUGGCACGUCAACCUCUCCGACAUUGCCACCUUCUGGCACGCGGGAGGCACUCUGCGUCUCUACCUCAUCGAUACUGAUCACGUCUUCCAUCAGGUAGACCUCGGCAAGGACGCCGCGAAAGGCGAAAAACUUACCUUCACUAUUCCCAGCGGCUGGUGGAAGGCUGCAGAGUUUGUGGCAACGGAUGCGUCGGAUUUCGUGCUCGUGUCGGAGAGCGUCGUGCCCGGAUUCUCCUUCCACGACAGGUCGUUCAUCUCGACUGGGCAGUUUGUCAAAGAAAACGCUGCACUGUGGAACCAGCAUCCCGAGUGGGCCAACUUUAUCCGAGAGCCCACGCUUUUCGUCUAUCACAUGUGCCCCAAGUCGUACUUUGACGCACAGGAUGCCUCCAAGCCAUAUGUGCCGCGAGAUUACGACGCCGACGGUUUCAUCCAUUGCUGCGGCUCGUUGGAGGAAAUGCACCACAUUUCCAACCUGUUCUUGAAACAGCAUCAGCCACUGUCAGAGCCAUUUGUGCUACUCGUUCUCGAAGCCAGCAAGCUUGAGAAGCUGGUCUUCGAAGGUCCCAUGCAUCCAAAGACAGAUUCCCCUGCCGAGCCCGCUGGCCCCGCGCAAGCGGCCAACAUUGCCGCUCUCAACACCAAGCUCUUCCCGCAUAUUUAUUCGCCCUGUCCCCGGAGUGCAAUCGUUGAAACGCAUCUUCUGGAUCGAGCUUCGGACGGCACUUUCCCACCGAUCGAUGUUCCCGAGCUGUCUGUUGUCCUGACCUCGACGUGAUGAUGUUCUCGGCUGCACAUGCUCGGGCGGCAGUGUUGAUGCUCUUGUUUCUUGGGGCUGACUUUGUCGAGUGCUGUCUGUACAAUUCAAUUUCGUUCUGAACCUUUCCUUCGCUCAAGUGUUUCGUCCACUGCGUCGGUCGUGGGUUUCACAUCACCAUUUCCAUAAACAUUCUCUUUCUC